ACGAAUCAAUAACCAAAAAUUUACCCCACACGACAAAGGCACGCAUACGGAUCUUUAUCUCUAUUCGAAAUGCAAAUAAAAACCCUACUUGGCAGUGUCGCUCCAUUAUUAAUCGUAGUCUCUUCAACUCGUGAAGGUCGGCUCAUUCUGUGGAGAUUCACUAUAAAAACACCUAGAAGAAAUGACUCAAAAUUACACACUGUGCGAAAUAAAAGAAAAUAACGGGCGAAAUGGAAAACCAGUGUGGAUUAUUGUGAAGGGCAUUGUGUAUGAUGUAACCAAAUUUAUUAAAGAACAUCCCGGCGGCGAAGACUUAAUUCUAGAAUACGCAGGAAAAGAUGCAACAAAAGCCUUUAAUGAUGUUGGACAUUCCAUUGAUGCUAUACAUGAUAUGAAAUUAUAUAAGAUCGGUGUAGUUGACAAUGAGUGUUCUCAACAGUGCCAAACAGUGACGACAGAAAGUAAAACGCACACUCAGUCAACAACAGAGCAGAACUGCCAGAGACAAAAGAAGCGGAUGAAAUUCUUCUUUUGCUUCUAGCUUUGUCAAAUGUAGCAUAGAAAUCUGUAUUAAGCAAUUAUUGAAACUAAAUUGUAAUUACCAAUAUCUAACUAGUUUUCUUUUUAUUUAUUGUAUGCGCUCGUACUAUUUAAGUGAACAUGGAAAAGAAUA